UCUUCAACUUUUUAAGUGAAAAAGUGAGACUUCCCACGAUACUGUUAGUUAAAAUGGCACCUAUCUUCAGCUUCAGAGUUGCUUCUCAUUCUUCUCUAAAUAAAGAUAAGAACUUCUAGACCCACAAACGUCAACACCAUUCCGUCCACCAGAUGACAUGUCGUCCCGGCCGUAUCUCUACCACUUCUGUUUCCUUUUUUGUUUCUUUUCCCUUCUCUCCGGGAUCCAAUCCGAUGACCUCCAAAUUCUCAUGAAACUAAAAUCCACCCUUCAAACACCAAACACCAAUGUCUUCAAUUCCUGGGAAUCCAGCAAUUCCAUGUGCAAAGAUUUCACUGGAAUCACCUGCAAUUCAGGGGGUUCCGUUACUGAAAUCGAGCUGUCAAACCAAAAUUUAACAGGGGUUGUUCCUCUUGAUUCAAUAUGCCAGCUACAAUCAUUGGAAAAGCUUUCCCUCGGGUUCAACCAAUUCAAUGGUCCAAUUAUGUCUGACUUGAAAAAGUGUGUCAAAUUGAAGUAUCUGGAUUUGGGCAACAAUUUCUUCUCAGGGUCAUCGAUUCCAGACAUAUCCACUAUGGGCCAAUUACAAUAUCUGUAUCUAAACAACAGUGGUUUUUCGGGGACUUUCCCGUGGAAAUCACUGCACAACGUUACCGGUCUCAUCGAGCUCAGCGUUGGAGACAACUUUUUUGAACCUUUUCAAUUUCCAGACGAGGUUUUACAGCUUACAAACCUGACGCUGCUUUACCUCUCCCAUUGCAACAUGCAAGGAACGAUUCCAACUGGGAUUGGAAACCUUAAACAGCUAACUAGUAUUGAGCUUUCUGACAACAACAUGACUGGCGAAAUCCCAGCAGAGAUUGGAAACCUCGUUAACCUCUGGAGGCUUGAGAUCUACAACAACUCUUUCAAUGGAAAACUUCCUGUCGGUUUAAGAAACCUCACAAAGCUUCGGCAGUUCGAUGCUUCCCAAAACUAUCUUGAAGGCGAUUUGUCUGACUUGAAGUUCUUGACAAACGUGGUGUCUCUGCAACUAUAUGAAAACAGUCUCUCUGGCCAAGUCCCAGCCGAGUUUGGUGAGUUCAAAAGCCUUGUGAACCUUUCUCUGUAUAGAAACAGCUUCACCGGUCCCCUGCCUGAGAACCUUGGCUCUUGGGCCAAUUUCGAUUUCAUUGACGUGUCUGAGAAUUUAUUUACCGGUCCAAUUCCACCAAAUAUGUGCAAGCAAGGUACCAUGAAAGGGCUUCUUAUGCUUCAGAACAAUUUCACCGGUGAAAUUCCGGCGACCUACGCAAACUGUCCCACGCUACGUCGUUUCAGAGUCAACAAUAACUCGCUUUCUGGUACUGUUCCCGCUGGAAUCUGGGGAUUGCCGAACUUGAACAUAAUUGAUAUCACAUUGAAUAACAUCGAAGGUCCAAUUACUUCUGAUAUCAAGAACGCCAAGUCUCUUAGCCAGUUAUUUGCGUCAAGCAAUCGGUUAUACGGUGAAUUGCCAGCGGAGAUUUCAGAAGCCACGUCUUUGGUUUCCAUUCGAUUGAAUGACAAUCAAAUUUCGGGCAAUAUUCCAACCAAUAUUGGUGAUCUAAAGCAAUUGGACGCUCUUCAAUUACAAAACAACAAGCUAUCUGGCUCAAUCCCGGAUACAAUUGGUUCUUGUUAUUCUCUCUCUGAUAUAAACACUGCUAAUAAUUCACUUUCCGGUGAUAUUCCGUCUUCAUUGGGGUCUCUACCAACUCUUAACUCUCUGAACCUGUCAUAUAAUAAACUUUCCGGUCAAAUUCCAGGGAGUUUGGCAUCUCUUCAGUUAAGCCUUCUCGAUCUUUCUCACAACACUCUAACGGGUCUUGUACCACAAGCUCUUGCAAUUGAAGCUUAUAAUGGUAGCUUUGCCGGAAAUUCAGGACUCUGCAGCCUUCGUAUCAGCGCCUUCCCAAAGUGUCCCUCAGGUUCACAUAUGCCCAAGUAUGUUCAUACAAUAAUCAUUUGCUUAGCAAUAGGUUUGGCUCUCUUGCUUGUGGCUUUGUUAUGCUGCUUCAAGUUAAAGAAGAGUGAAAAAGAUCAUCAAAACCGUUCGUUAAAGGAUGAAUCUUGGGACUUUAAGUCGUUCCAUGUGUUGAGCUUCACAGAGGAUGAGAUUCUUGAUUCCAUCAAGCAAGAGAAUCUAAUUGGAACAGGUGGGUCAGGGAAUGUGUAUAAAGUCGCAGUCUCUAACGGUACUAAAGAACUUGCGGUGAAACACAUAUGGAAUUCUGAUGGCAAAAAGAGCCAGAGCACCACACCGAUGCUUUCUAAACGUGCCGGAAAUUCAAAGCAAUUUGACGCUGAGGUGCAGACUUUGAGCUCAAUAAGGCAUAUGAAUGUGGUGAAGUUGUAUUGUAGUAUUACCAGUGAGGACUCAAGCUUGUUGGUGUAUGAGUAUUUACCAAAUGGGAGUUUGUGGGAUAGGCUGCACUCAAGCCAGAAGAUGGAGCUUGAUUGGGAUACAAGGUAUGAGAUUGCAGUGGGAGCAGCCAGGGGGUUGGAGUAUCUACAUCAUGGGUGUGAGAAACCCGUGAUUCACAGGGAUGUCAAGUCUAGUAAUAUAUUGCUGGAUGAGUCUAUGAAGCCAAAGAUUGCUGAUUUUGGACUUGCUAAGACUCUUCAGGCCAAUGGUGGCAGGGAUUCAACCCAGGUAAUUGCGGGAACACAUGGCUACAUUGCUCCUGAAUAUGGGUACACAUACAAAGUGAAUGAGAAGAGUGAUGUAUACAGUUUUGGAGUGGUAUUGAUGGAGCUGGUGAGCGGAAAAAGACCAAUAGAUCCGGAAUACGGUGAGAACAAAGACAUUGUGAGUUGGGUUAGUAGCAAAAUAAAGACCAGGGAAAGUGUAUUAAGUGUGGUGGACUCUAGAAUUCCUGGGGUUUUAAAGGAAGACGUUGUUAAGGUACUGAAAAUUUCUGUUCUCUGCACAGCAACACUACACACUCUUCGACCCACAAUGAGAAGUGUUGUACAAAUGCUAGAGGAUGCUGAGCCGGGUAAAUUGGUGGGGAUUGCGAUUACCAAAGAUGGUGCUAGCAAGAGUAGUAAGAAUAGCGGAGUGACGGGUACAGGGAAAUUUAAUCCAGACUCUUAAGCUUCCAAAAUUUGUCAUUUGGAGUUCAAGAUUUUUGGUCAUCCCCAUCCUUCUGCUUCUUGUAACAUGUAGCAUUACUGUGUAGUAGAUGAGAGUGAGACUUUGAGAUUAUAUUACAACAUUAGCUGGAGCCUGUAAAAUAGUGUAAGAAAAUAUUUACGUUUGUAAUUUGCGAAUGUAACAUUGUAAAAUAGUGCAAGUAAAAAGAAAGUUAUGGUCGGUGACUCUCUUUAGGAUUUGAGUU